AUUGUGAUAACAAGCUGCAGUCUCGGCUCUUGGUAUCUUCCGUUCCCCGUCGUUUGAGCCACGGAUCUCCUCCGAACCGCCACCAGAAGUCCCGCACUUUCCACUAAAACUUUCCCCCAAAGCAGGAGCGCUCCUCCCAUGGUGUCCCCGGGAGACGCCCCGGCAUCCACUGGACUUAAGGGAAACUAUUGGCCGCCGUUCAGCUCGAACUCCUGGAGCUCAUCAUGAUGGAAACGUGGUUGCUGAGCCCCGUCCUCAGUUGGUCUCUGUGGGCUCUGCUGCUGACCCUGCCGGGGUCCCCCGGGGCAGGGACCCCCAGCGCCAGCAGCACCGAUCCGGUAACGGACUUGUUUUACUCUUCAGGAGCCACAAAGGAAGUCAGUCACUCGGAAAGCGGAGCAACUUCUACUUCAUCCUCCAGCGAGAGUUUAUCCCCAUCACAGAGAAACAUCCUGCUCACGCACGCCGCGGAGACGCGCACUGCUUCUGCCGCAAACUUCGCCUCUGUGCAGACAAACGUCUUCACAGAAACAAGCAGCAUGUCUCCCGAGGCCACGAAUCUUUCAACCGAGCCGCUUACCUCUUCCUUUGUAACCGCCACAGAGGCCAGCAGGAGCAGCAGCAGUGACUUUAAGGACUCUACUAACAAAAACCAGAUGCUCGCCAUCUCCCACGCGUUGUCCCAAGAGGACAAGUUCUGGUUGUUUACAGAGGAUGAAAACUUGCCCCGGAACAGCCCUGACACCACCCUCCGACUGAGGGCUGCCACAGCUUCGGAGACCGGUGUUCACACUGACAGCACCUACACCACCACCAUUAGCCGCAUUGGGGAGAGGACUCUGCUUUCCGUUACCUCCUCCUCUAACGACAGCGCCUCAUCGUCCUAUACAGAAGACUCCAAAUCCCAUCAGCCUCCAUCUACUUGGGGGAUCCCUCCAAGGCCCGCAGAGACUGAGGAUUAUACUCACGUGCCAUCGCAGAGGACUAACACGGGAGAAACAACAGCGAAGCACACCACUGUGAGCUUUUCAGAUACCAGGAGCCCAGUGGGGGUCAGAGGAACCCUGAGUUUGACUGGGAAACCCAAUGCCUCACCGGAUCAACACAUUUCCACGUCGCCAGAGUCCUCAGACUCAAUACCACCUCUUAGGGUGACAGAGUCCAGCACCAAUCAGUCUGAAACACCCGUUUCCUCCACUCCUCCAUUCACGUUACAAACUGGAGGUCUUACAGACACCCCUGGGACAGAUCAGGGGUCCAGCUCAGGUGUUGGAACCUCCACAGAGACAACCACUCAGAACCAGGAGGGCACAGAGACUCUUUCAUCCCAAACUAGCGAGGACAGCGUGACUUUGGGUCUGACUGCAGCUCCCUCAACAUUCAGUAGCAGCACCUCUGAAGCGUACGAGUCGUCAACACACACACUUCUUACCGGGGUCCUCCUCACCACCAAACCAGUCGUCACCGAAAGAUUACAGCCAACCGAGGAAAACACUUUCCCAUCAUCCACCUUUACGACCAACACCACAGCCUCCACAGCACCUCCUCUCCCUACAACACCACCAGCUGUGGUCUUCAGUAGUUUUACAUCAGACGUCCCUACAGAGGCCACCCUCCUACACACUCUACCCUCCUCAACAGCCUCCACCUUGGCCCCGCUGACUUCUACAGCCCACUCAACUCUCCGUGUGUCACCCAGCCAGACGCAGGGGCCUUCUACUGGAUGGGAUACCCCAACUAAAUCUGCCACCAUGCAGAUUGAAACAAGUGCAGAAACCAAGAGAAUUACCACAACUCCCAGUCAGUACAUCAAACCCAGGUCCACUCCCAGUGCUCCUGCCAGUACAGAGGCUCCUCACACCACCAGGAAACAGCCAGACGGGGGAGCCACAGAGCAGCUGGUGACAACCACACCUCCAGAUGUCAGAACCACACAGGUGCCACCAAGAAACCCUUGUGUGUCAAACCCUUGCAUGAAUGGAGGCGUGUGUGUGAGCUACAAAGGGCCUGAAUACACCUGCCAAUGCCAGCAGGCCUGGACGGGACCAAACUGCAACCAGGAUAUGGAUGAGUGCGAGCAGGACCCGUGUCCUGUUGGCUCCAGCUGCGUUAACACCAGAGGCUCCUUCAGCUGUGAAUGUCCACUCGGAUUUGAUCUCGAGGAUGGACGCACGUGCACCAGAGCAAAGACAUUUCUGGGUACUUUCAGCUUUAACAAAGAUAACCCCUCUGUAAAGAGUGCUGCCAUGCAUGAGAUCCAGAGAGAAAUCCUACAACUGCUCAACGUGUCAUUGUCGGUACUUCGAGGGUACAGUCGCUCAACGCUGACCAAGAAAGAGCAGCCUGCACUUCGUAUCUUGGCUGUCAACAUGUUCUCGCUCUCCACCGAUGUGACGACUGCUGAAGUGUUCAAAAGCAUCCAGAUGUCUCUCAGCAACUGCAGCUCCUCACUGACCCACUGCCGAAUGGUCCUGCAGCACCAGCUCUCGUACCGCAUGGAAAGUUUGUGUGAAGCUCAGAGAACUCAGUGCGAUGCCGAUCGCUCCACCUGCACAGACGGCAACGGUACGGCAAACUGCCAGUGUCUGCAAGGGUAUUACAAACUCAACCCAGAUGACUUGUCCUGCUUGGAAUGCAGGGAUGGAUACAAGCUGGAAAAUGGCACGUGUGUCCCGUGCAUGUUUGGAUUUGGAGGAUUUAAUUGUGGAAAUUUUUACAAGCUGAUUGCAGUUGUGGUGUCACCUGCAGGGGGAGCUAUGCUCCUCAUCCUUACCAUCGCUCUCAUUGUGACCUGCUGCAAGAAAGACAAAAAUGACAUCAAUAAGAUCAUUUUCAAGAGUGGAGACAUGCAGAUGUCCCCGUAUGCAGACUUUCCGAAGAAUAACCGAAUUUCUAUGGAGUGGGGUAGGGAAACCAUAGAGAUGCAGGAAAAUGGCAGCACCAAAAAUCUCCUGCAAAUGACCGAUAUUUACUACUCUCCUGCUUUGCGUAACUCGGACCUGGAGAGAAACGGCCUGUAUCCAUUCACAGGACUGCCGGGAUCUCGUCACUCCUGUAUCUACCCCGCUCAGUGGAACCCCUCUUUUACAAGCGACGAUUCACGGAGGAGAGACUACUUCUAACUUUUACCGUCACAGUGGAUGUGUUUGUUUAUAAACUCAUCUGAAAUCAGGGCUGCACACUAAUUUAUGUAAACGUGUGUGUGUGUGUGUGUGUGUGUUUUAAAUAAGGCAUUUUUGCAAGUGAAAUCUGUUGCCUUACGAGCAUUUCAGUGUUUUUGCAUAUUUUGACUCAUUUACUUCAACUCUUGCAUAACUCACGUUGCUGCUUCAGUGUUUAUUUAGAUUUUUUUUCUGCUUUGAAUGCAAAGACAAGUACUCCCAAUACCGUUUAGGUAAAGCCUCCCUCUCAUGUGAAAACAGAAACGUGUGGCAUGCAUCAAAAUGGAUCAGAACAGGCAAAAACACUGAUCUUUCAGAGUGCUGAGAGGUGAAAAUGUGUGCACCACUGCUGUAACUAAGUCCAUCACAGAACGUGAUAAAACCAAACCACUGAUUUUUUACUGACAGUGACUAAAGAUUGACUUUGUAACCUUGAUGCUAGCUGUUAUUUAUUCUUUAUGUCCAAGUUUCACUUAUGUAGCAUAAGGGACGGACUGAGUCUAAACUUGUGGCUUUGAGUGUUUACUCUGUGUGUGUGUGUGUGUGUGUGUGUGUGUGUGUGUGUGUGUGUGUGUGUGUGUGUUAUAAUUAGUUAAAUCUGGCGUUUUAGUCAGAUGCGUUUAUUUAAAUAAAAUAAUUGAACAGUG